UAUUUAGUGUUGGUGGUUCCUCGAGUUUAACUUGGGUGACUUGUUUUGGAACGUGAGGCAUCUUCUGGCCCUCACAAAUUUAUAAAAUGGUGAGAUUUGGGAAAUGUUUCUAGAAAUGCCCCAUUUAUGUAUGUGUUAAAGAGAGGGGUCUUGUGGGAAGCCAAGUCAUUACAUGUUUAUCAGUCAGUGAAAGGGUGAACAGAGAGCGUGAUGAGGGAAGAUAGUAGUUGAAUGACUUGUGGUUGACGGAGGAGAGAUAGAAAGAGGAACGGUGUGACGAAAUAGAAAGUUUCGCUGGAAGAACAUUAUGUAGGAAGAAUCCUGACCAAACGGAAAUAAAAGAAGAACAGGAUGGAUGAUAGCCCAGCUGUUCAUCAGGAAAUGCUCACAACAUCAGAGGAACAGUCUCAACCAAAUCCAGUGGGCUGCAACAAGUACCGCAGGCUCCUAUUGGUUGUCUUUUCCCUCUCUAUCUUUUCACUUGCAUUAGGUUUGGGAGUGUAUUCUCACCUGCAAAAGACUGCGGACCCCUGGACAUCACAAUGGAAAUCAGCUGCUCCUCCUUGCCUUUCUCCUGCCUGUGUAAGAGCAUCAGAGCAUUUUUCUACUGCCAUGGAUCCCUUUUCUCGCCCCUGUGACUACUUCCUGUUUGCCUGUGGGACAGGUGGAUCUUCCACCAGUGAUAAAAGACACAGAGUCAAGGGGAUCCACAGUGAAGACUUUGGAGAACUGGACAAAAAAAGGGAAAUGAGGAUUAGAAGAGAAACAGAUGUUCAAGGAAACAGUACUGGAGGGCUAGUCAAAUUUCCAGACAGAAAGGACGCUUUACUGAAAACUGUUAGAGAAAUAUUAGAGGAUCCUGAGGAGGGCGUUUCUAUGAGUGCAGCGGAACGGAAAGCAAAGAAAUACUUCAAGACAUGCAUGGAUGCAGAAUCCCCAGAGAAAGUGGGUUCGAAACCCUUCCUCGAACUACUCCAGCAGUUAGGUGGUUGGGCAGUAUCAGACGGAUGGAAUCAGACAGAUUUUAACACCACCCUCGCCCUGCUGAUGAGCCAGUACUCCACAUUUCCUUUCUUCAGCGUGUAUGUAGGGUCAGACCCUGAUGAAGAGCAAACGGCUUCUGAUCGACUCUACAUACAGAUUGAUGAGCCUCACUUUCAGUUCCCUAUUGACUGGAAUAGCAAGACACAGAAAUCCAAAGCAAGUACUCGGUAUUUGCGUCCAUUCUACAUGUCAUGUGGUCAGUACUUGAACCUCUUGGGUGUUCCCUCAAAUAAAGUCACUCAGCACUGCGGCCUUUACAUAUCUCUAUCCACAACUCUGGCUCUAUUCACGGCCCCUCUCCGAUACCGCCUCAGUCAGAAGUUACUUUACAACAGAAUUACCAUCCAAGAGCUACAGACUCUGGCUCCAGCCAUUAAUUGGCACGCUUGCCUACAAGCCACAUUUCAGCCUCUUCCUAUCAGCAAAUCAGAUCUUAUUUUAGUGCACAAUCUCCCAUAUAUUAUCCAAAUGUCCCAGACAAUCAAUAAAUGGCAAGACCAACAUGGGAUGAUGGGCUUCGGCUCACUUAAUACAUACAUGAUCUUUAAUCUUCUGCACACACUCAUUCCUGCACUGGACUCGAGGUUCUUCCAAACUAUGAGAAACUUUUCCAUUGCGACUGGAGACACGCAGAGGGAGAUGCCACGCUGGCUGCGAUGCAUUCAGCAGACAGAGCGAGGGUUUGACAUUCUGCUCAGUCAUGCGCUUAGAGAAAGACAUACACAGAAUGAGGCUGAAGAAUUGAUUCAUGAUGUUUAUUCGUCCCUCAAGAAAAAACUAACAGAUUUGAUCUGGAGGGACGACAGGUCUUCAGCAUUUAUUUUGCGUAAGAUAAAAUCUCUUAAUCCAAGACUCUCCACUAAAACAAACAACCUCAGUCACGCGGAACUCAACCGUCUCUACGCAGAGGUGGUUUUGAGUGAGGAGGAUUUUUUCUCCAACUAUCUGCAGAUGCUGGUGCUGGAGCAGAGGAGCAGGAUCAGACUGCUCUCACACGGCACACAGACUGAUGGUUUGUCUAUCACUCCAUUCGUCUCUGGAAAUGACAUCAUCAUCCCUGUUGGAAUGUUUGUGUCACCCUUCUUCCAUUCCUCAUAUCCCAGGGCGCUAAAUUACGCCACACUGGGAUCUCUGAUGGCUAAAGAUCUUCUUCACCUUCUGCUCCCUGAUAUCCACACACGAGCCAACAAUCCAGAGUCAGUGAGCAUGUGCAUAUGGUCUCAUUAUGUGAGCGUGACCAAGGAUCCAGGACGGGUCGGCACGUUCUCUCUUUCCCUCUUUGAACAGCAGGAGGUUUGGGUGCAGUAUUCUGCUCUACAAGUGGCACUGGAUGCUUAUAAGAUGAGUUUAGCAAGGCAUCCAGAAGACUCUUCUCUAUCAGGCCUUUCUUACAUUCAUCUGUUCCUUUCCUCCUUUACUAAGGUAACAUGUGACGCUGACCCCUACCGUGAGUUCAUGCCCUUUGAACCUUCCUUCCUGGUGACAGUCCUGUGCUCAAACUCACGCUUCUGCCCCACACCACUGACCUGUGUGAAUAAAUCUCAGCGUUAUCCUCCAGAGAUGUGUCAGAGUCGAACGCUGCACUGAACCUGAGAGGAACUCUUUUCCGCUGAGAACUGUUGGAGCUAGUUUGGGACUUUCGUACCAUUGGAGCUGCUCACUGUUUAACAAAAAAAGGAGAAGGUCAUUCCAGAGAUCAUAAAACUUUUUAUAUUCAUUUGUUAAGUAACGGGUUUAGAUAUGUCACAUAUAGGCUACGUACUUUUAAGCAAUAUUAUCACAUUUGGUAACUCACGUACACUAUGGUUAACAGUUAAAACCUGCUUGGUAGAUAUGAUCUCUCACAGCACUUUGAAAAUUGACCAUGUUUUUACUAUAAUAUUGAUUUUUGGAGGAAAUGUAGAUUCAAUGUAGAAACAACAUUUUAGGAAAAGGAGGAAAUCACAUGCAUUUUUUUUUACUACAAUUAGCCUAGUUUGUUAACAAUGUUGCUGGUUUACAAGUGGUUACUCUGAAUACCGCAGUUAAACUGGUUACUAAACAAGAUUUGUGGUCAAUUCUACCCAGGAAGGAGAGCAUUUCACAGUAUAAAAGUUAUUCCUGUUGUAAUUAAUUAAUGUAAUGGAUAUUUGUGAGAUUUACUAACCACAUAUAUUACAUACAGCACUGAAUUAAUUAACUUCACUUAAUUGUAAUUGGACAUUUAUAUGUCACAUGUUUUCUAAACACCUUAAUUUUAAUCUAAUCGUCAGUCUAAUCUGAAAUAUAGAAUAAAAUGAUCAUCGAGUAAAAGUGAAGGAACUUUUAUACGUGACUGCAGAGAAGAAAGCAACAUCUCUGAGUUGGUCCGAGAAUAACAGGACAUCCUGACGUAAGAUAGGGUGACGUGUUCUAACUAUUUUCAUUGGUCAGAUGGGGAUUUUUGUCACCUUGAAAUGUAUACUUUUGACUAUAAAAAUUCUGGUCAGAGGGCCCUUGUCUCUUUGCUCACAGACCCAAACUGUGUGUAAACCAGACCACUUCAUCACUGAGAAAUAAAAUCAAGGCAAAGACAACUUUGUUUGGCUCUUCAAUCUCAGUCUUCACACUUAGUUUAUUACUUUGACAAAAUAAGAAUUUCCACAACAUUGAUUAUGGAUAAUUGUGCUUUUAGUCUCUCAAUUGUAAAUACAGUUUGAGCUCUAAAGCCAGAAUGUAUUAUAAAUGUCAGUCUUAUAUUCGAAAUGUAUUGUAUUUGGAUGAAACAUAAAAAUUUAUUUUUUGCAUGUGUGCUUUUAGGUCUGUAGUCAAAGAAUGUAAUACAUAUACCAUUUCAUGUUUCAGUGCAGGACAUGAAUCUGUAUAAAAAUUAUUUGAUCACGUAAAAGACCAUUUAAAUUCAAAUUAAAUUUCAACAACAAUAUAUCUUAAUCCAGGCAAAAAAAAAAGCAUCCCACAAAAAUGCUAAAUUCCUAGAUCUAGUAAAUAAACCAUUUGACUGGGAAA